AUGGCAACGGAAAACAAGUGGUGCGUGGUGACCGGAGGCAGGGGUUUCGCCGCUCGGCAUUUGGUGGAAAUGCUAAUCCGGCUCAACGAAUACUGCGUUCGCAUCGCCGAUUUGGGAGACAGCAUUGUUCUCGAGCCCGCCGAACAGUUGGGGCUUCUCGGCCAGGCCUUGGACUCUGGCCGGGUCCAAUACGUCUCCCUCGAUCUUCGCGACAAGGCCCAAGUCCUGAAAGCAUUGGAAGGAGUUGAGGUUGUAUUCCACAUGGCUGCUCCGAACUCUUCAAUCAACAAUUACCAGCUUCAUUAUUCCGUCAAUGUGCAAGGGACUAAGAAUGUCAUAGAUGCUUGCGUGGAGCAGAAAGUGAAGCGACUGGUCUACACCAGCUCCCCCAGCGUGGUCUUUGAUGGCAUUCAUGGGAUUCAUAAUGCGGACGAAACAAUACCUUAUACACAUUUGCCUAAUGAUCAUUACUCAGCUACGAAAGCUGAGGGUGAGACAUUGAUCAUUAAAGCUAAUGGGACUAAUGGCCUCCUAACAUGCUGCAUACGCCCUAGCAGCAUUUUUGGGCCCGGUGAUAGACUAUUGGUGCCUACACUAGUUGAUGCUGCCAGGAAAGGGAAAUCCAAGUUCCUUAUUGGCAAUGGCAACAAUGUUUGUGAUUUCACAUAUGUUGAAAAUGUGGCACAUGCUCAUAUAUGUGCUGAUCGUGCUCUAGCUUCAGAAGGACCAGUUUCAGAAAAAGCUGCAGGAGAGGCAUAUUUCAUAACAAAUACGGAGCCUAUGAAAUUUUGGGAGUUUGUGUCAGUGGUAUUGGAUGGUCUUGGAUAUGAAAGGCCAAGAAUAAAGAUCCCUGUUGUUGUUAUCUUGCCCAUUGCACAUUUCGUGGAGUGGAUAUAUAGGCUGCUAGGCCCAUAUGGGAUGAAAGUGCCUCAGUUAACCCCUUCAAGAGUAAGACUCACAUCCUGCAGCAGAACUUUUGAUUGCUCAAAAGCAAAGGAUUGCCUUGGCUAUGCACCCAUCGUAACACUACAGGAGGGCCUGCGGAGGACAAUUGAAUCAUAUGCACACUUGAAGGCAGGAAAUCAACCUAAAACUAAAAGAGAAGGUCCCUCGAAAGCUUCCAAAUAUCUUGGAAGUGGAAGAGUUGCUGACACAUUGCUUUGGAAGGAUAAAAAGCAAACUUUCAUCGCAUUGUUAGUCUUGAGUGCAAUAUACUUCAACUUCAUUGCAUCUGAAAAUACCAUCAUUAGUGCUUUGACAAAGCUGCUAUUGUUCGCAUCGAUCUUUUUAUUCAUUCAUGGCAUUCUACCUGCAAAAAUGUUGGGGUAUACUGUUGAGAAAAUGCCCAAAUCAUGGUUUCAUUUAUCAGAAGAUAGGUCACAUAAAAUUGCUCUCUCAGUGGCCUCAUCAUGGAAUAUUGCUGUGAAUGUUUUGAAAUCCCUCGCAGAAGGAAAUGAUUGGGUGCUGUUGUUAAAGGUUGUUCUCUCUCUGUUCAUUUUUAGCUUCCUUGGAGCCUUUUCACUUCAGAACUUGUAUACUAUAGGAGUUACCUUUGCGUUUAUAGCGUUCUACGUAUACGAACAGAAGGAGGAAGACAUUGAUGGGAUAUUUAUAAAAACACAUUCUUUUAGUUGCAAAUUGAAAUCUGAUCUCACCAAAAAGUUUCUUUCCUCAAAGAAGAGUGAUUGA